AUGAGGCCUGGUCACAGACGGGGCCGUGGGGAUGUUGACCCCUGGAACUCUCUCCAGACAUACACACACAUUACAUAUAGACUGAAAGGUGACUUAAAUUACCUUUUUCAGAUUCUUGGAUGUGUGGAAAUUGGGAUCAUUGGACACUACAUCCAUUGGUCUUAUAAUACAGAUGUCUUAGUGCCAGAGCUGUUCUUCCUGCAAGUAGCAACAACUUGCCUCAUCACCACGACACUCCUCCUCUUCUCAUUCCUGUGUUCCAUUGCUACUGCCUCCAUCAUUCCCAAGACCCUCUUUGAGAUGUUAUAUCACAUAGUGGCAGUAUUGCUUUACUUCGCCAGUGCCCUUUGCCUCCUCAUUUACCUGACCGACAAUACUGCUUAUCGGCGGAAAGGUCACAGUCUCACACUUCGGACAGCUGCGAGUGUUGUCCUGUUACAUGGUACACUGUCCUACCUUCUAGUGUGUUCUUCUAUUAACCUACUGAGGGAAGUGGUGUCCAGGAACGAAGGAUAUAAAAUAUACGAAAAAGGCUACAACUCUAAAAUAUUUUCAGGGGGUCUGGGACUAGUGAACUGUGCUCUGUAUGUCCUCUCCAGUGUCUAUUCUGUCAGGACCUUCCGCCGAGGUUAAAUAUUGAUUGACACCUUCAGUUGCACGAAAGACUGAUUGGAAAUCACAAGAAGUUCUGUAAAGGAGCAUCUCUUUUUAAAUAGCUUCUGCAGACUUAUAUAUUUUGGAAUAUGGUAUGUUUAUUCCUAAACUUAAUUCAGAGAUUUCCAGAAUUGAAAUUCUGAUAAAAUAAAACAAUCAUUCUUGAAUGUGACUCCUUACUCUAAAGUGCAUAUUUGUAUCCUUUAGCACAACCAACAAUAUCAGUUAGCAUUUAAACUCUUAACAUUUUGAAUUCUUUUGAUAGUGUCUUGAGUAUUACAGUAAUUUUAUCUUGGAUUCUUUAUUGAAUUCUUAUUAUUUUUUAAAUUCAAAAUUUAUCAAAUGAAUGUAAACUCUUUUUGAAUGAUACAAUUGCUUAGUUAGAAAAUUUCCAUUAAAUAAAGGUCAUUUUUAAUAACUAAAAAAAUUAAGGCCACAUUAAAUACAGUUUAUGAUGAAUUGAUUGACAAAGGAAGUAUGUUUACAAAUCUUCAUCAUUUUUACAUCUAGGAAGUUAUAUAACAUCACUGCUAAACAUCAUCCAUCAAAUACAUGACACAAAUUACAUAUAUGCCUUUUAUGAACAAAGAGUUCUUUACAUGCACACAAUGUACAUAAUUUGCUUUCUGUUAAAAUUACAGAAAGCUAAGCAUUAGUUAACCCUGCCUAUGUUUUAUAUUUAACUUGUAUCUAUAUUUAAUAAUGAAUAUUAUUUUCACAUUUUCUCUGGCUUCAAAAGUGUUCAAUAUACCACUUAGGUAUUAUGCAAUUUGUAUCUAACUCUAGGAAUUUAUAGUUCAUGUAGUGUAAUUGUGCUGGAGUUGUGUAGUUAUCAUAGUGCAGUAUACCCAAAAAAAAUUAAUGGCUUUGCUAUUUAAUAUUAUCAUCAUCUUCAGGCUUGGCAUCUUUGUAUUAAUGUAUGUACUAAUUUAAGUGUAGAUAUGAUGUAUAUUCUCCUCAUAUUUUUACUUCUUCAUACAAAUUUUCUACAUAUAUACAGCACUACUGUAGUUCGAUGUAGUAUUUAUAUUUUUCCAUAAAAAUAAAAAUGGUGACCAUUUAUGUCAUACAUAAAGCUCUCAUUUUAUACUUCUUUUUUUACCAGUUCUCUUUGAAUAAGAAACAGGAGAAAUAUUUAUAAUUAGUAAUAAACCCAAUCAUUGUUUUACAAACUUACUUUAGAUUUAUAUAGAGUCUUGGAUGAGCACUGCCUAGUUAAUAGGAUAUGGAAUUUAUAUGGUUUAGGUAUGACCUCAUGUGGCAGGAUAAACAGAGAGAGAGUUACCUUGUGUUUAAUAAUCUGUCCUGUUUCCUGACAAACCUUACCUAACCUAUCCUUGUGUUUAAUAUUGCAAAGUGUAAGUCAGACUUAUAAAGCAAAGAAAGGGUUCAUCUUUUAAGAAACUUUAUUUCUGCAAUGCAGUAUUUAGUGUUCAGAUGCUUCAACAGUAUUUUUAUCUUAUUUUACUAUUUAUAAGACAAUAUUAUUUACAUAUUUAAAACUAUUGUGAAAAUAUGUACAUUCGUUUUAAUAUGCAAAUAGACUGUAUAGUGUACACAAUUUCAGACCUGGAACUAUAAAUAACUUCUAUUUAUUUCUGUAUCUAACUACGUAUAUAUAUGUAUAUAUAUAUGUUUUUUUUUUUUUUUCAACGAACUGGCCACAUCCCACCGAGCCAGGGUGACCCACAAAAGAAAAAUGAAAGAUUUUCUUUUUAUAUUUAGUAAUUUACACCGGAGAAGGGGUUACUAGCUCCUUGCUCUUGGCAUUAUAGUUGCCUCUUAUGACAUGCAUGUUUUACUAAGGAAGAAUUCUUUUCCAAUUCCCCACAGAUAUCUAUACUGUAUAACUCUUCUUCUUCUUUCAACAAACCAGCCAUACCCCACCAAGGCGGGGUGGCCCAUAAGGAAAAACAAAAGUUUCUCCUUUUAAAUUUGUAAUUUAUACAGGAGAAAGGGUUACUAGCCCCUUGCUCCUGGCAUUUUAGCCGCCUCAUGACAUGCAUGGCUUACGGUGGAAAAAUUCUGUUCCACUUCCCCAUGGAGAAUCUGUAUAUGUAUUCAUAUACAUAUAUGUGUAUGUAUGUAUAUUGAUACAUAUAUGAUAUGAGUUAUGCCUUUAAGGACAAUGAUUUUAAAUAGAAAACUCAUACUUGAUAUCUUUUUGUACAUUAUUAUUCACAACUUGUUUUCAGUAUAUGCAAUUAUUAUUUGAUGAUAAUUUAAUGAGUAUUUGAAUAAAAGGACAGUAUAAAAUUUAUGUAUUGGUAGUUUUAAAAGCCUCUCUCUCUCUCUGCCUAUCAUACUACUGUAUGGACAUUUGCUAACCAUUCUGAAACUUACAGGAAUAUUAUUAUUAUGUACAUGUAAAAUUUUUACUAAGGAUCUAUUUAAGUGAAUGUAUCAGUGUAAUGAUAAUUUAAGCUAUUUGUUACCUUUAUUUUGACUUUUAUUUCUAUUUUCUAUAUAGAACCUCACUUAAACAUUUUUAACUGCAGGCCAUAAUUUGUAUAAUACUAUAGAUUUGUUACCAGGGUUUAAAGUCUAUCGACUACACUAGGGUCAUUAAGGUUGUAUACUAUAGUGUUAAAUGUUUCUUGAAAUCAAACACAAGAAUUUAGAAAUUUUUAAUUUACAAAAGUUGUACUAAUUCUAUUUAAAAUCAUUAUUACUUAUAAUUACUUAUAUAUCAUUAUUACUUAUAUAAUUAUGCUGUACAAAAAAAAUAAAUACAGUCUGUCAUGCUUGCCUUAUUGAGCAUCAGGACAGCAGUCUACUCUGAGAUUACUCAUGUGUAUUAAUCUUUAGUGGCACUUUGCUUCUGGAGCAAAAGUUACUGUUGUAUAUGAAUAAUCUUUUAGAGUAACUACAAGUUUAUAAAAGAAAAGUUUUGAUAUUGGUGCUAGUCACUGCUGUGACAAUAUUUAUCUUUAUAUUGUGUAACACAUUUUAUCUGCUUCAUUUUGGGUAAUUUUUCCUGGCAUAGUAUUAUGCAUAUCUAGUCGCAGUUCAAGCUCUUGUAUUGUCUUAACUGUACUAAAUAAUGUAAAUAAAUUAUCAAAACAUAA